AUGAAACUCCCUUCUCUCUUUAAAAUUACAGAAAACUCUUCUCUUUCUCCAUUACCAUGGCCAUUGCCACCUUGUAAAAACCCUAAAACUCUCUCUUUUCGAGCUGAAAACCAUAACAUUUUCAGUGAAUAUUAUGGUUAUUCAGAGUUUUCCAACGAUGUUGAUAACAUAGAGACAGUGAUUGAAGGCCUAAAAACAGAAAAAAAGAGGCUGUUUUUUGAGCCAGGGAAAACUAGUUCUAUUCUUGAAGAGGCAAAAAAUAGUAAUGGUUUUGAGUUUCUUCCAUUUAAGGAGUCAUGUGUGGUGAUGACAAUGGAUUCAAUGGACCCUUUUUUGGAUUUCAAGAAAUCAAUGGAAGAAAUGGUAGAAGCAAAUCAUGAGAUUAAAGAUUGUGAAAAAUGUCUUGAAGAGCUUUUGACUGCUUAUUUGAAGGUUAAUGAGAAAAGUAAUCAUAGAUAUAUUAUUAAUGCAUUUUUUGAUUUGUUGAUUAGCCUUUCUAUUAGUAAAAAUUGUGUGGCUUCUUCUCUAAUUUCAACUAGCCAUUCUUUUACUUCUCCAUUGUCAUUUUGUUCUUCUAGUUUUUCUACUAGUCCUUGUUUGUCUUUGUUAGAAGCUGAGGAUGAGAUUAUUGUGAAAAAUGUUGAUAGUGUAAUUUCAUCUUCAGAUGUUUGA